GCCAUGGCGGCGCCGGCGCCAGCGCCACCGGCACCACCGGCACCGGUACCGGCACCGCGCUCCUUCAGCGCGGCCGAGGUGCGGGCUCGAUGCGCGCAGGGCUCCUGCCUGGUCCGCUGCCGCCGCCGCCUCUACGACCUGAGCGGCUUCGUCCGGCUGCACCCGGGCGGGGAGCAGCUGCUGCGGCGCCGGGCGGGCACCGACGUGAGCGCCGCGCUGGACGGGCCGCCCCACCGGCACUCGGCGAACGCCCGCCGCUGGCUCGAGCAGUACUACGUGGGCGAGAUGGAGUCCGGCGACGAGCAGAGCGAGCCUGAGCCGCUGGAGGAGGAGGAGGAGGAGGAGGAGGAGCAGCUGGGGGCUGCAGCCCAGAGCCCAGCACGGAUGGAUCCCCGCUGCAAAAAGGUGGAUGAGGAGAAGGACCUGGUGGACUGGCAGAAGCCCCUGCUGUGGCAGGUGGGCUACCUGGGGGAGAAGUACGACGAGUGGGUGCACCAGCCCGUGGACCGGCCCAUCCGCCUCUUCCACUCGGACCUUCUCGAGUCCCUCUCCAAGACAGCCUGGUACGUGGUGUUCCUGGUGUGGGCUCCCGUGGUGCUCUAUCUCAGCUGGGUCAGCUACACCUCCCUCGCCCAGGGCAACACCAGGCUCUUCUCCUCCUUCACCACAGAGUACUCCAUCCCCGUCCACAAACACUACUUCCCCCUCAUCUUCCUCCUGGGGAUGUUCCUGUGGUCCUUGCUCGAGUACCUCAUCCACCGCUUCGUGUUCCACAUGAAGCCGCCCGCCAGCAACUACUAUCUGAUCACGCUGCACUUCUUGCUGCAUGGGCAGCACCACAAGUCUCCCUUCGACAGCUCCCGCUUGGUUUUCCCUCCCGUGCCAGCCUCGCUGGCGAUCGCCUUCUUCUACGGCGUGGUGCAGCUGCUGCUGCCGCAGGCGCUGGGGCUGUCGGUGUUCGUGGGAGCGCUCUGCGGCUACGUCGUCUACGACAUGAUGCACUAUUACCUCCACUACGGCUCCCCCAAGAAAGGCACCUACCUGUACGGCCUGAAGGCUUACCACGUCAAGCACCACUUUGAACACCAAAAAGCAGGCUUUGGCAUCAGCACCCGCUUCUGGGACCACCCCUUCCGGACGCUCAUCCCCGAGGAGACCUUUGAGAAGGAGGACUGAUGGCCCCGCCGCGGCACCCGCUUGCCCGCUCCAUCCCUUGCAGGCUGGGGCUGGCACAGUGGUGGGCGCCCUCCAGAGCAUCCCCACGGUGUGCCAUGGCCCAGCUGGGGCACUUGCAAGGGGGCGAGGAUGUGGGGAAAAGGGAAGAGGAGCUUGGAGGGCUCCUGCCCCUUCCCCGCCGCCCUCCCACUCCAGGCCACGGACGCGCGGGCAGCUCUGCCGCCCGACAGAUGAAGUGCCUGCCGCCACCCUCCCCUCCUUCGCCCUGGCACCUUGCUGGAGCCACCUCCCAGCACCCUCCCCUCCUCGAAGGGGGCAUCCAGCAGGCUGCAGUUAACCUCACCACCUAACUUGUGUGCCAAAGGGCUGCCAUAUCCUGGGUUCUUCUCCCAU